CAAAAUUUGCCCUCCCUCCAGCUGGGCCGUGUGGCCUAAUGGAGAAGGCGUCGGACUUCGGAUCCGAAGAUUGCAGGUUCGAGUCCUGUCACGGUCGCUCGAGCGAAAAUACUUUUUUGUACUACCUCUGACGGCCACAUGCGCGCGCUACAUUAUGCUGUCGUCUCUUUCUCACCAUGGUAACACCAUAUGAAAGGGGUGAUGUGUUUGUUACUUAUUUAUUUGCUUGCUUUGCUACAUUCUCUACAUUUUUAUUUCGUGUUCUUAAAAGUGUUUACACGUAAAACGACCCACUUUUUAGUAGUAACAGCAUGGCAAUAGCCAAAGCAACCACCAUCAAGGAAGCACUCAAACGCUUGGAAGAUCGUACGAAAACUAAUUCGUGCGACGAGAAAGAAAUCGACCUGUGUUUCCAAUGGCCACCGAUCGAAAAGAUGGAUACCACCUUCUCGACACUGACCGCAUGCCAAAAACUAUCUCUAUCUACCAACAUGAUCGACAAAAUUUACGGACUAAGUGGCAUGAAGAACCUGCGGGUGCUCUCGUUGGGACGGAACUACAUCAAGGCCAUUUCAGGUCUGGAAGGUGUGAGUGAUACGCUGGAAGAGCUGUGGAUCAGUUACAACUUGAUCGAGAAGCUGAAAGGCAUAAGCGUGCUGAAAAAGCUCAAAGUGCUCUACAUGAGCAACAACCUGGUGAAGGAUUGGGUCGAGUUUAACCGACUGGCGGAUCUGCCCAUGCUGGAAGAUUUGCUCUUUGCCGGCAACCCGCUGGUGGAAUCGAUGGAGGAAAGCAUUUGGCGGGCAGAGGCCAGCAAAAGGCUGCUGCCACUGAAAAAACUAGACGGUGAAACGGUUAUUCGAGAAGAUGCCGAUUCGCAGAACCAGCAGGGAGCGGGACAAGCCGAGAAGUAAAUAAAAACGGUUGAAGCCCUCCCUCCUGCAGCACAGUUGAAUGCCGCAUUUACGCGUUGUUUAUUCUGAAAAUAAACGGUUCAUAUAUGGUUAA